CAUUAAAAUCAGAUCAUCGUUUUUGCUCCGUUACUCUUCGCUACGAAGAUCUGAGUACAUUGCGUAUCAGGUCGCCUCAAGUUGACCUUUACCCCAUGAAUAUUAAUGAGCAAACGUAAUUUUCGUUGUCCAAUCAGAAUCUUCGUUUCAAACCAAGUUCGUUUAAUCAAUCAAAAUGGCGUCGUCUUCAUCUUUUGACAAUUUAAUUUCAAAAACGAUUGAAAUAUUCAACAUAAAAGAGCUGAAAAAUGAGCAAAAAGAGAUCUUGAAGGCUUCCUGGGAAGGGACAGACUGUAUGGCGGUCCUUCCCACAGGUUUUGGUAAAUCGCUGCCCUACCAAAUGCUGUCAACAAUGCGCAAGUUAUCUGGCGAAACUGGGAGUAAGAAAGUGGUGGUGUGCACGCCGUUGUUAUCGCUUAUGCAGGACCAAGUUCAACGGCUGAGGUUGAUUCCUGAUGUAACUGCACUGUACUUAGGUGAAAGUUCAGAGGCAGACAGAGAAAUACAUCAUGGUAAAUUUGACUAUUUAUUUGGAUCCCCAGAGCUGUUAGUUGGAAGUGGUCAGUGGCGUGAAGUUCUGAAAACUUUCACAGUGAGCAACAUAGUAAUUGAUGAAUGUCAUACUGUAAUUUCAUGGGGUGAAGAAGAUAAGGGCAAGGCCUUCAGGAAGUGGUUUUCUUGUGUUGGUGAGUUGAGAGCUCUCUUCCCAUCAGCUUCAGUUACAGCAUUGAGUGCUACAUGUAAAAAGGCAGACUACAAGAAGAUAAUGAUGUCGCUGAACAUGAAACCUGACUCAAAGAUUAUCAAAAUGUCGCCAAACAGACCAAAUAUAAAACUUAUCAUCAAGAAAGUCAAUUCAAUAGAGUCAGGAUUUUUACCACUUGUUGAAGCCAUUAAUGAAAAGAAAAUGGUGAAUUCUUUAAUAUAUUGUUCUUCAAUAAAGGAUGUUUCUGUCAUUUAUAGUUUUUUAACUGCAGAAGUUUCGCAAGCCAACAUGUUCAUUGAAAUGUUUCAUUCUGAAACCGAAGAAAAGAACAAAACAGAUAUUAUCAAGAAAAUUACAAGUAAAGAUGAAUCAUUCAUAAUCAUUGCAACAAGUGCUCUAGGAAUGGGAAUUGACAUUUGUAGCUGUCAUUGUGUUAUUAUUUAUGGUUUGCCAUAUAACAUGGUUGAUCUUUGGCAACAGAUUGGACGUGUCGGGCGAGAUGGUUCUACAGCUGAAGCCAUCUUUUUAUAUAGGGGCCAUCAGAUGAAAUCGUCAGAUGUGGAUGUAAAAAACUUGUAUACAAGUGCAACAUGUCGUAGAAUGACUGCAUUGACACCAUUUCUAACCAAGUCAGAAUUAUUGUUGGUAAAGUCUUCAACUGGAAAGCACACUUGCUGCGAUAUUUGUACCAAGCAGUGUGAUUGUAAUAAUUGUGUCUCAAAUCCAGUUGAAACACUUUAUAUUGAUUCAGAAGUUGGAAGUGAUGAUAGUAGCAGCAGCAGUAGUGGAACAAUUUCAUAUGAACAAGAUAUUGGAGAUUUUUCUGAACAGGAAGAUAUGUAGUGUCCUAAUAACUGAAAUAACUUUAAUAAGUGCAAUAGUUUCAAAGAUAACAUGAAGGUGUUUUACAAACUUUAACUUUUGAUAACAUUAAACAAUUACAUUAAGAUAUGACCAUCAUUAUAAUGCUUUACCUCAGCUUUGAAGAAUAUUCAAAUAGGCUAUAACUAUAUUUAUGUAUCUCUCAUAUCCCCUUUGGGAAGAAAAAGGUGUUUUGUAAUUAAUAUCGAUCGGUAUUUAUUGGCUAAAUAAACCGCCUCCGUGGUCAAAGGGGUUAGAGUCGAUGAUUUCUAAUCCAGUAACCUCUCUGGCGUGGGUUCGAUCCCGGAAGAUGCUUUGGUAGUUUAGCGCAGAGGAAGGUAGUCUUGGGCAGGAAACUACCCACCUUUAUGACUGAAAUACUGUUAGGAAAAGGGGUAAAAUGAAACAAACAAACAAAUAAACUAUUGGCUAAAUGCUUAAUUUAAUAAUAACUAUGGUACCUGAUAUUUUCUAGUGUAAUUAAAUCGAAACAAGAGGGUAAAAGUAUUUAAUAUUUUACAAGAUCAACCCAUAUACUUUUUAGAAAAUUAAGGUUAACUUUGAAAACAGGCACUAAAUUGACUAAUUUGGUAAAUUUUGGGGAAUUUUUUUAAUUAGGCUCCCCAAGUUAGUAUGAAAAUGGUCAAACACAUAUUAAAAAUGCGUGGGAUAGGGUAAUGUUUUUACACAUAUUUCAUAAAGUGUAAGUAGAAACAAUCAUUUUGCUUAUGUUGAUUGUUUUUCAGAAUGAUACUAUUUGUUUCUUACCAAACAGUAAUGGGAAAAUGUUUUUGUAGGCUGUUAUUGUUGAUUAUUUUAAGGUUCCUUAUUUCUUGGGUGAACAUACCUUAAUAUUUCUUGAACUAAGCUUUCCAAAAGUUAUAACAAUUUUAUAUUAUUUUAUUUUUACAAAUAAACAGACAUAGUACAUAUAAAGAUACUGUUCAGUUCAGUCCUUGCAGUGCUGUACCCUCUAGCCGUGUAUAGGAGACAAGCAAUUCGAGAACAGAGAUAUUUUGCCCUCAUUAGGUUAAAUUGUUUUUUUAAAGCUAACUUCUGAAAGAAUUAUUACUAUUGUUGUCAAUGGCCAUUGUAGUG